CCCAACGCGACGCGCUCGCGUACGGAAGUCUUGCUGACGAUGGCUUCGCUCUGCCUGUCAGCCACUCUUUCAGCACUCGACUUGACCAUCGUGACGACUGCUCUUCCUGUCAUCGUGGGCUACUUCGGGUCUGAAGCCGGGUACACGUGGAUCGGGAGCGCGUAUAUCCUGGCGUACACGGCCAUCACUCCCGUCUGGGGCUCCGUCGCGGAUAUCUGGGGACGGAAGCCGAUCAUCCUCAUCGCGCUGUCGAUCUUCCUCGCGGGAAGUCUGAUCUGCUCGACGGUCACUCAGCUGGAUGCCUUUCUUGUCGGGCGUGCGGUCCAGGGCCUCGGCGCCGCGGGGAUGGGGACCAUGGUCAACGUGAUUAUCAGUGAUAUGUUCUCUUUGCGUGACCGCGGCCUGUAUCUUGCAGUAGUAUCUAUCGUCUACGCCGUGGGGAGUGCUAUCGGCCCCAUCAUGGGUGGUGUCUUUACCAGAAAUCUGAGCUGGCGGUGGUGUUUCUGGAUCAACUUACCAAUCGGGGCCCUUGUAUUCCUAGUAUUGUUUUUCUUCCUGCGACUUCCCAGUCCAAACACCCCUGUCCGGACUGGUCUCAAGGCCAUCGAUUGGAGCGGAAGCCUGCUCAUUGUCGGCGGCAUCCUAAUGAUUCUUCUGGCUCUCACGUUUGGGGGAGUCACGUACCCAUGGCCGUCUAGCACAGUGAUCUGCCUCCUGGUCUUCGGCACCGUUGCCGUGCCUGGUUUUGUUCUGAACGAAUGGAGAAUCGCAACAAAUCCGGUCAUCCCGCUGCGCCUGUUCUCGACUGUAUCCAAGGCUGCGGCGUAUGGUGUCUUCUUCUGCAACUCCUACGUCUUCCUGGGCACUGCCUACUAUCUGCCUUUAUACGCCCAAUCGGUUCUGGGCGCAGACACUCUGACGUCGGGUGUCUACCUCCUCCCGCUCAUCGUCUCGUGCUCUCUCACUGCGGCCGCAGCGGGCGUGUUUAUGCAAAAAACCGGCAAGUACCGGCCGAUCAUGCACGUGGGUGCGGUGGCCAUGUCCCUCGGGAUCGGGCUCUGCAUUGACCUAGGGUUUGAGAAGAACCUGGUCAAGCUGUUUGCAUUCGAGAUCCUGGCUGGCGUCGGUAGCGGAAUGAACAUUGAGGCGCCCAUGAUUGCAGCCCAGGCGGCUGCAUCCGUCCGAGAUACAGCAGCGGUUCUGGCAUCUAUGGGGUUCAUCCGGUCAAUAUCGUCCGCCAUUUCCACAGUUGUCGGCGGGGUGGUGUUUCAAGAUCAGAUGAACCGGGAGAAUCCCAACCUUGUGAAACAGUUAGGCCGGGAGCUCGCCAGCAAGUUCAAUGGCGGUCAGGCUUCUGCGAAUGUGGACCUGAUCAAUACACUCCCAGAAACUCAGCAGAUCAUUGUCAGACGAGCCUAUUAUCAGUCCUUGAAGAGAAUGUGGAUUAUGUACGUUGCUUUCUCAGGGAUGGCGAUCAUCUUCAACCUUUUUAUUCAAGCCCAUCAUCUGAGCAGCGAGCAUGAAGCUGCCGUGCUUGGAGUCAACAGGGAAGAACCGGUGCCUGUGGCUGUCAACCACGCUGAUGCGACCCCAGAGGGAGCAAGACAGCGGGCCUCGCGAGCUGUGGUUUCUAAUUAGCGAAGAUACUGUAUUAUUAUUGAAUAUGACAACAAACUCAGGAC